AUGAAUUGGAAGUCAUGGCUUCGAGCUCGCAGCUUAGGCAACGAUUCAGUGCCCCAACAAUCCAGUUCGAACCCAAAACGUCUACAAGUAAACCCAGACGAAGAGCUUCAUGGAGUUACCCAGCAGUUGAUAGAUCGAGUCAAGUCUUUCACGCUCGAUGACUUCAAGAAAUUUCCACUACGUGAUGACGGAACCACAGAAGCUUCCUUUGGCGACGAGAUGGCUGCAGCUGCUUCCGCUAGCGUUCGAAGGGAUCUCUCUGAGUGGCAGGAGAGACAUGCUACCCUAAUUCUUGCCAAAGUCAAGGAACUUGCACAGUUAAGAUUUAAGUUAUCCCCUGGCCACUUGAAAGAGCGAGAUUUUUGGAGGAUCUAUUUCACACUUGUCAAGGCCGACAUAGCUGAGUAUGAGCUACGGGCGAUCCAACUAGCUAAACUUCGGAAGAUGGCAGUUGAGGAUGGAAAAUCUUCAGACUCCAGCACAAUUGAAGUUGAAAUGGCGGAGACAGUACAACGAACAAGUUUACAACCGUCAACUCCAUGA